AUAGCCGGCGAACGCGUUUGACUCUGAAGGCUCAGCCCAACCAGCCAACCAGUGGUAGUGAGGCGAGCGGUGGAGAGAGUAGAGUGAGACUGAGUUUGAUAGGCACUCGCUAGUCCCGCCUUAACGCCACGAAGAGGAAAAUAAAUUUCCUGCUGCGAAGCUAGGUACCGGGGUGACGAGCCCGUCUGCGCAGAUGGCACCGUGUAAGCUCCGUCGUAGGCCGCAUCGACUGACCCCAUGUGUACAAUAGCGAGGUGCACGCUGCCUGUCAAACCAGCCAGUUUCCUACACGAACAUUAGCAUUUCGGCCGGAAAAUUACCUUCGUUUUUUUCUAUCGGACAGUCGUCGAGUGUGGGUGCUAAUUCGAUUGUUAUGCCAAUAUGAAGAUGGUGCAAUGUGCCGGAUGUGAUCGUCCCAUCCUAGACCGAUUUUUACUCAAUGUGUUAGACCGUUCUUGGCACGCUAAGUGUGUCCAGUGCUGUGACUGCAAAUGUAAUUUGACAGAGAAGUGCUUUUCGAGAGAUGGGAAAAUUUACUGCAGAAACGAUUUCUUCAAGCGUUACGGUACGAAAUGUGCUGGAUGCUGUCAGGGUAUAUCUCCGACGGACUUGGUGAGGAGAGCGAGAAAUAAAGUUUUCCACCUCAAAUGCUUCACCUGUAUGGUGUGUCGGAAACAGUUAUCUACGGGGGAAGAACUCUACGUCCUGGACGAGAACAGGUUCAUCUGUAAAGAAGACUAUCUCAACAGUCGUUAUAACCAAGUUUUGACAGCUAACUCUCCGUUAGAUACAAAGGAACUGGACGAUCAGGUGGACAGUCAAUUAGAAUUGGACUGUCACGAUACAGAAAGAGAAUCGAGCGUAGAACGAGAUUCUGACCUGAGCGGAGCCCUCUCUUCCAUGGUGGCCGCCUCGCCUAUCAACAGCAGCACCACUUCCAACGGAAGCACCGGAUCCGGCGGCGGAACCCCCACCACCAACAGCAGCAAAUCCGACAAGUCGAUUCAACAGAAUGACGAAAACCAGCCUGGAACCAAGAGGAGGGGUCCAAGGACCACCAUCAAAGCCAAACAGUUGGAGACGCUAAAGGCUGCUUUCGCGGCCACUCCUAAACCCACUCGUCACAUUCGCGAACAAUUGGCUCAGGAAACAGGCCUUAACAUGAGAGUCAUUCAGGUGUGGUUUCAGAACCGCCGUUCCAAGGAGAGGCGGAUGAAACAACUCAGCUCUCUGGGAGCCAGAAGGCAUUUCUUCCGUAGUCCGAGAAGAGCCAUGAGGCCAUUACGGCCCGGAAUGUCCCCAGACGGACUGGACGACAGCCCGGAAAUGGUGGCAUCCACCAACUCCGGUUUCGCUUACUUUUCAGGAUUUUACGACUUCUUUCCGGGACAACAUCCUUCUGACGGCCUACCCUUUCCUCCCAACAUCAAUGCUGGAUCAGCGCCAAAUUCCCAUUCCUCCGCUCCCACCAUCGACCAGCAGCUGUCGACCGUCGGCACAGGUCUAUCCAGCGAAACAUCGUAUUUGGGAGGUGGACACGAAAUGAUGACGCAGAGAGCGAGCCCCGAAGGUGUUCUUGGUCUUUCGGGUACGGAGCAGUACACAAAUCAGCGGUCGUCUAGCGAGAAUAGCUAUCCGACACUUUCUCACGCUCCUCCUCCCAUCAGCGAGACGUCCGUUUGGUGACAAAAUCCCGACACCUCUAACUGUGAUACGAAGGUUGCCAGGAGCCGUUCAUCGUCCGCAUCGGGUCAAUUCUGUACAGACGGCCGAACAGACGUUCUUCAUCGCAUCUAAGUUAUUCGUCAUCAGAAAAAAAAGUACAUAUCAAAAAUUUGAAUGUAGUAUUAAAGAUCAUGUAUAGUAGGAAUUUUUAUGUAUACUUCUGGGAAUAAAGGGACCGAGCUUUCUCUCUUGAGCUACAUCCACCAACGAUAGAAAAAUGUGCACGUUCUUUCAUUCCGCAGCUUGUAAAAUAAAUUUUUCGUUUUUUUU